AGUUGGGGUGCGCACUACUUAAGGUCCUGCUGCGUGAGCCAUUGACGUGUUUGGAGCUGGAGACGGCCUGGGUUCUGGGGAGGCAGCGGCCCGAGUAAGAAAACGUAGAAUGGCCCUGGUGACAAAGCGACUGAGAGAUCCCGACAUAAAUCCUUGCUUGCUGGAAUCUGAUGCUUCUACAAGAUGUAUGGAUGAGAAUAACUAUGACAGGGAAAGGUGUUCCAGUUACUUCUUGAGAUACAAAAACUGCCGGAAAUUCUGGAAUUCUGUCAUGAUUCAUAGAAGACAGAAUGGAGUGAAGCCACCCAUGCCUACAGCAGCAGAAAGAGAUGAAAUUUUGGGAGCAAUGGGAAAGAUGCCUUACUGACUGUUUACAUUAAAAAUAUUUAUUUAACUAG